AUGGAGAAAGCGGGAGGGCUACCCGAAGCCGAAGUUUUUAAUCAGCCCUUGCCUUCGGAGGAGGAGAUGGCAGAAGCUUCACAAAGAAGCGCCCUGGCCAUUGCGAAUCCUAAGGAAACUGUUCAAAGAGAAUCCUAUGAGGGACCCAUCAGGGUUGUUUUGGAGGAGGGGGGAGCGAAGAAACUAUCGAAAACGACUGAAGGGAAGAAGAAAAGAAAGAGGAAGGAGAAACGGGUAAACAGAGAUGAAGAGGCCCGGCCAAAGAAGGAAAAGAACAAAAAGAAGUUGAGUGAGAAGAGGGAGCGUAAGCGAGAAGAGAAGCACCUGAAGAAAGAAGAAAAGAGGAAGAGGACGGAAAUCCCGGAUGUCGAUGGAGAAUCCACCACCACAAGCGUGGAAGAGGAGGUGUCACCACAAGAAAAUGAAUCAGUUCAACCUCAAGAGGCAUCAAUGCAUAUCAGGAUGGUUGCGACUGAAGACCGAGAGGAUCCAGACAUUACCCCUCUAAUGCGGAGUCAGAAGGAGAAUGUGCCGCAAGGGGAAGCAAAAGAACAGCGCAAGGAAUGGGAACGCAAACAGAGACAAAAGUCAUGCCUUGCGUUGGCUCAAGAUAAGGGCAAAGCAAAAGUUGGAAAUAGUGAGCCUGCGUUGACCAAAAGACGUCCAUCAACAAAGAAGGAAAAUGAUGACAUGAUGAUGAAGAUGGGAUUCUUUCCUGCUUCAACGCCACUACCUGAUUUAAUUACAAGUGUUGUGUUGGAGCAUGGGUGGGAGACAUUCUGCUAG